UCCAACAUACUAUGUAGAGCUGUGCACUGUGCAGCACAUGACACACCACUUUGAAGCUCAGGAUUUCAAGGAGUUUGGAAAUUAAUAUAAACCAGAAGCUGCUUUUUUCCCUGUGCCUUCUUAAUCUUCUGGUUACGGAGUGGUGUUGAUUUCUCUGGGGGAGAUGCAUCAUCUGUGGAUAGUCCUGACUGGGCUUGUCUUGUGGAGUUGCAGCACAGCGCUGUCAGCUAGAACAGGCAAGAACAGACAGCGAUCGAAAGCGAAGGAUGAACCCGUGGGCCCCCGGGAGCAUGCCGGAGCGGAUGAGGCCAAUGAGAGGGAGCCUGAAGGGGCUUCGGGGACAGACUUCUUGGCUGAUUUUGCUGGAAAAAAGCGUUUAUGGGUGAUCACCGCCCCAUCCUACAGCGAUAACUACUUGCGCAUGAUGCAGCAACAGAUCCAGGAGUCCGAGGGGCUGAACUGUCGACUAGCUGAGAGGGACACCCUCAUUGUGACUAUCAUUCAAAAUGCCAUGAUGGAGGGCAAAAUCCGACACACGACCAUGCAGGGGCAGGCCACAGAGGAAGCCAUGGACCCAGACAUGGUGACCAAACUGCUCCAUUACUUGGAGGUAGAACACCAAACCUUCUCCAUGUUGAUCCUGAAGAAGAACCUGAAGGUCAGUGAGAGGUUUCCUUACCCGGUGCGCGUUGAGGCCGUUUUGGAAGUCAUCGAUCAGCUCCCCGUACGCAAGCUAGAAAAGAUCACCAGGAAGGGGUUAGUUCAGAGAUGCAAGAUCACUAAGAAGCGGUUAGUGGUGAAGCCGUCCAAUCCUAACAAGAGAAGAAUCUUCAGUUCCCACAAGCAAGGCAAUAUCACAUCCAUUGUUCCUUCACCACAGCAAACUGCAGACAAAAAAGCAGUCAUCAGAGACAAAGUUAAGGACAUCCUCAGUGGACGCUUCAGAUUUGUCGUCCGUAAAAAGCCAGAGAGCUCCAGUGGAGGCAAGUCAUCCAACGCAACAAAAUCCUCUGCAAAUGAGGAGGUGAAGAAGCCUGAGAGCCAAAGAGAAAGCACAGAAGGUGCAGAUAAAGUGGGAAAUAAACAUGACUCUGCAUCUAAAGUGGAUAAAGAAAAUGGCAAAGCGAGUUCAGGUGUGCUCACAGUAGAUGAGGAGAGCAAAGGAGAGCAAAAAGUUGAGAAUUCAAAAUCCAAAAAGAAAGGCAAGGGAAAGAAGGACGGAAAGAAGAAGAAGAAGGGGAAAAGAGGAGGGAAGGCGUCACAACAAGACAGUAAAGACAAGGCAGCUCUCAGAGAGUUUAUAGAAAAACUAAAAGGCAAAAGAAGACUUCUUGUCAUUUCUUCCCCCAGUGAUGUCUCGAGUCAGUAUAUUCAACAGAGGGAUGAAAAUGAGCUGCACAGUUGUGACUUUGCUUUACGGAAGGUUACGGUGCUGUCUAUCCUGGGUUCAGAGCACAACCCCACAUUGCGCCUGCAACACUAUCAGCAAGACGGAGAUCCACAACUGGCUUCACUGCCGGACAACUUUAAAAAUCCUGACUUAAUCAGUCAGAUCCGUAAGGAAUAUGGGCUUGUGUCCAGGGAAUACUCCAUGGUGGUGACUGAUUAUGACAUGAAGCCUAACCUCCAGAAGGUGUUUGACUUACCCACAGCCCCAUCAGCUAUUGUGAAGUACAUUGAUAGCUUCCAGUCACGGCAGGUGGAGAAAGAGCAGGAGAAGAAAGCUCCCUCACCCUGUGCACCAUCUGAGAAAAACACUGAGGCAGAGAACUCACUUCUCAGAUUCACGUCCCAAAGAAGACUUUUAAUCAUCUCCGCCCCCACUGAGGAGGACUAUUGUCUCCAUCAGCAGCUUCAGGCUCUUAAUGGACAGGAGUGCCCAAUGGGUAUCCGUCAUUUUGCUUUCUUGAAAUUGGUGGGAAAAGGAUCUGCAGCUUCAGGCACUGUUGAGCUAUUUCCACUUAAUGGCAGAAGUCAGACGGAAAAGGAGCCACUUUCUCAGGAUGUAGUGAAGAAUCUGAGAGAUCAGCUGAAGAUCAACAGGGACUACUUCAAUAUGCUCGUUGUGGGUAAGGAUGGUGACGUCAAAGCGUGGUUCCCGUCCCCAGUGUGGUCGAUGGCCAAUAUCUAUGACUUAGUGGACUCCAUGGAAUUACGUCAACAAGAAGAGAAGCUGCAACAGACCCUCGGCAUUUACUGUUCAGAAGACAGCGGUGGUGGUGGAGGAGGUGAUAGUUACCUUGGAUACCAAGAAGAGACCGAGGACAGCUAUCUGUACCGUCGAUCAGAGGACUAAACGCAGUUUUCACACAAACACAUAUAAAAACAUACAGCUCAUAGACAAAACUGUGAGAAAAAAUAUGUAAAUCGUUUGGAGUUUCCUGGAUUUCUGUUUAAAUGGCUUCAAAAAUGUGAUUCAAGUCAUAAUAAAUAGG